AUGGAAAAUCGCCCAAGGGAAAAGUGCAUUAUGGCAACAAAACGUACUCGUACACGUGCCCGUUCACGAUCGCCAGAAAAGAAGAAACCAGUUGAGGGACAUCCUACAAUGACUGUUAUGGAGUUUUACGAACUUGAAGAUCGUGAAGCGCUGUCAAUGACAAUGGAGACAUUGGAGGCAUCGUUUCUUGAACAUUCUCGAAUACUCAGGCAAAAAAUCACGGAUCUGUGUUCUCCUUCGGCUAAAUCUGAGGACAUGGUGAGUUUCGGUGAAGCUUUGCGUUCUCGGUUCAUUUCGCUGCGACGACUGAAUCGUCUAGCGCAAUAUCGCAACCGGAAAAUUCGUGACCAAGUGAAUCAGGAAAGAGCCGUUGUUGAGGAGCGGUACUUGCAGCUGCAAAAUAUCAAAAGUGAAAUUGAACAUUUACAAAAAGAAAUUGAACGGUGCUAUGAUUUCAGCCUUGUUGGAACAUUGUUGGAGCGCGAAGGACGUAAAAGCGUGCUGAUUAGUGACAUAACAACGAAAGAACAUCGGCUGAAAUCACUGAAACCAAAAAUUGAAGCUAUCAUUGAGGCAGCUCGCCCGGUGCAAGAAUUGAUGGGCUUAACGCCGUCCAUCCCGCCUGAUAUCAAAAAGGAACGUGUAUUGCAUAUGCUUCCACAAGAGCUCUCAGUGAUUGUGGUACAAGUUGAGGCGUAUUGCGAUAUUGUCGAAGGUUAG